CUGCGUUGGUCAGAAAACGUGCAUAACCGGUGUUUGAAUAUUACUCAAUAGGCUGGACUUUCUUUAACAAUAGUGGGACAUUAAAAAGGAUUUGCUUAAAUUGGCUGGACGAUUGUGGGAUAUUAAAACUUGAAGAUGCCAGCUGAUAUUUUGGAGAAAACAUCCCCAUCCUCUGUAGCAGCCACUCCGUCGAGGGUCAGUGGAACUCCGGAUAAACCAAGGACUGCCUCAGAGCACAGAAAGUCCUCAAAGCCAAUUAUGGAGAAGAGAAGACGUGCGCGAAUCAAUGACAGCCUUGGUCAGCUAAAGACCCUCAUCUUGGAUGCACUAAAAAAAGAUAGCUCGAGACAUUCGAAGCUCGAGAAGGCGGACAUCCUUGAGAUGACUGUGAAGCACCUUAGGAAUAUGCAGCGUCUCCAAAUGACUGCAGCUAUAAGCAGGGAUCCAUCAGUCUUUGGCAAGUACAGAGCGGGAUUCAGCGAAUGCAUGAGUGAAGUCACCCGUUUUAUGUCCACGUGUGGAGGGGUGAACACGGAGAUCAGGUCUCGACUUCUCAGCCACUUAGCCAGCUGUGUGUCACAGAUAAACACCGUAAACAUCUCAACUCAAUGCCAGAUCCCCACCUACCCUCCGCAUCCAUUGCUUGCCCAAGCCGUUGCGCAAAUCCCAAGUGCAUCUCCUCAGUUAAAUGGAAUAAUGCCUUGCAAAAGUGGCUCAUCUAUCAACCUCACAUCAGAAAUGGCUAAAUUAUACAGUGGACUUCAGAUUGUGCCGGCGGCGACAGAUGGACAAUUCGCUAUUCUGAUUCCAAGCGUGGCUCUUACGCAUACGAGUGCGCCAAACGCGAUACAUGGCAAUCCAGCACUUGCGGUGCCUGUGUCACUUGUUGCGCCUCCCGCCACCGCAGACUCCGUGUGGAGACCAUGGUAGGGUCACUGCGUGCAUUAAGGACUUUUACGC